AUGGACAAGAACCAGAACCAGAUCAUUGCUGGGACAAGUGGCAGAGGAGACACGACAAUCAAUGUUCAACAGCUUCUGACGAAGCCAUGGUACAAGUAUCCUCACCUUCGAGCGCUGUAUGGAUGGCUCAGCGUGGUGUUGAUGGUGCAGGCUACAAAUGGAUUUGAUGGGAGUUUGAUGAAUGGUCUCCAAGCCUUAACCUACUGGCAAGAGUUCCCAGACUUCCACCACCCUACCGGCGCUCAACUCGGCAUCUUCAAUGGCACCCAAGGCCUCGGCUCCGUCUUCGCGGUCUUCUUCCUAUGGUGGCUAGUCGAGAAAGUCGGCCGAAGGAUUACAAUCAUGAUGGGCGCCGUCAUCAUCAUCGUGGGUGUCUUCCUCCAAUCCUUCGCCCACAACCUGGCCAUGUUCGCCAGUGCAAGGGCAAUCAUCGGGAUGGGUUUGAGCUUUGAGUAUACAGCCGCUCCAAUGCUAGUAGCAGAGCUUGCGCACCCGACGCAUCGGGCGCAGUUGAGCACGUUGCUCAAUACUCUAUACUACUUUGGAGCUACGAUCGCUGCUUGGGUCACGCUGGGGACGUUAACGAUACAAAGUGAUUGGAGUUGGAGGAGCGUGAGUAUGUUGCAGAUGUUCCCGUCCGUCAUCUCAAUCACACUUACGUGGUUCGUGCCUGAGUCGCCCAGGUGGCUCAUCCGCAACGGCAAAGUCGAGCAAGCUCGUGAGAUCCUACUUAAGUACCACUGCGGCGGCGACGAGGAUGAUCCGCUGGUGAACUUCGAGAUGCAGGAGAUUGAGACAACGAUUGCCUUCGAGAGGGAGACGAGCAACGGUGGCUGGUUGGCAUUGUUCAAGACUCGUGGCAAUCGAUGGAGGACAUGGAUUGUUGCGUCCAUCUCCUUCUUGACUCAGGCGACGGGUACGACUCUCAUCGGAUACUAUCUGGUUGUCGUCCUGUCUGGCAUUGGAAUCACGAAUCCUCGCACGCAAUCCAUCAUCAACGGAUGUUUGACAAUGUGGAAUAUGGGCUGGGCCUUCUGGGGCGCCUCUGUCAUCGACAAAUACGGACGACGGCCUAUGAUGUUGACAUCGUUGACCGGUCAACUGCUUUGCGGCUUUCUCCCGUGGACAAUUUGUAACGCGCUAUACACAAAAUACGACAACGUACAAGCUGGCCACGCCGUCAUAGCGUUCAUAUUCGUCGCUUCAGCCUUCUACGCCACGACAUGGAACGGAAUCUUGACUGGCUAUACGGUUGAAUGUAUGGCUUACGAUACACGUAGUAAAUUGAUCGUCACCCAGAACUUCCUGGUCCAGGCUAGUAUCACGGGCUUCAACUACCUCAAUCCUGUGGCACUAGAGAACAUCGGCUGGAAGUAUUACAUCGUAAUUGAUCUGAUCAUCGUCUUGGCCUUUGUGAUUGUAUACUUCACAUAUCCCGAGACAUCGAAGAUCACGUUGGAGGAGGUCAGUACGAUCUUCGACGGUAAGCAUGCCGUAAAGAACGAUCUGCUGCAGGAGCAGAUCGUCAUGGAUGCUACGAAGGGCGGAGAUGGGGACAAAGCUGUCACUGUUGAGAGGCGUGAGUCCUCAACAAACACCGUGCCCGGCACACCCGAUGCGCUGUCAAUCUCCAUCGCCAUCGCCUCUAUCUCUGCACGCGCCUUCUCCUCUCCCAUCCUCAACAAUUCUACCGAGUGGGUGAAGGCGAACAUGAGCGUCUCGAACCUGAUUCUGGGCCUGCUACCCACGAUACUAGCAGUAAUCGCACCAAGCCUGACAGAGAUGGCGGUGCUAGGCGUGCAUCGGCCGAUCCUCUCCAUACUACUCUCUGUGUCUUCUCCAGCAGUCUUGCAGAGCCGAGUCUUCACUUUCGAGAGUCCAGGCGAAGUUUUGAUCAUCGAGUAUUCCCGCCACGAUAUUCGGCAUCCAAUCACUGUGGGUCCCUGGUCUGCUCAAGCGUCGUUAAUCGCUGGAGUCUGCAGCUACGUGAGUGCCCCCGCGGCACUCCCCAACACACUCACCCUGGUCACUCAGAUAACGAACAACCCCAUCCUGGCCUGGGGGUGCACAAGAACCUGGCCAUUGUUCGUGUGGAUGUUUGUGCCGGCCAUCAUACACAUCCUUGCCACAGCUGGAUACUAUCUCACGCUGAAGGAGACAAGUGGCGAAAGAGGCAACGAGUCAGCAACACCGGCUGAGGAGGAAAUACCGAUGCACAGCAUAGUCAAUAGAGGCAAAGGUGUCGAUACUGCAUCGACCGAGACUACGAACACGAUCCAGUCACCGUCAGAAGCGGCUCGGCAUCGAUCCCUACGACAGAGGCCUCGUGACAAAUUCAUGUCAUGUGCUUCACAUCUCCACCCCUGCUACGAGAAUCGAUACAAAUCCCGGCCGAACGACCUGCGCACCGGUAUCAUCCUCAACGGCGUCGCAGGAUUCAUGGAAUUUCUCCACCUGGUCUUUGCAACAGUGUCGUUCUCAGCGCUGCUCUUCAUUGUACAACUGGACGCCAUUGGACAGAUUGCGAUGCGAUUUCUGUGCUCGGCACUAGUCUGUCGUUUCGUGGUCAGGUUUGAGAUAGCAGGUUUACGUGGAAGACAUUCCGGUAUAGAGAAUGAGCACGGUGAAGCAGUACACUCCCAUAGUAAGCAGCGUGAGCGCAUCGACGAUCCUUCGGCUUCCACAAACCAUAGUCGACGGCCUUUUGCGCGAUUACAUAGUGUAUCUUGA